CUCUACAAAACGCUAAGGGUUACAGUUCGUGACAGCGUGAGCUUGCCUUUAUAACCUACUGAUACCAAUGCUCCGAUAUGGCUUCUCACAAUUCAGAGUGUACAGCACACGCCCUGUUCAUAGCAAUGAAGAAGUUGCGGUCGCCAAAAAAUGGCUCCGGGACUUCCAGUCGGAACACAUACCACGUGACCCCUUCUCUAUAACGUACAGUAGAUCUUCUGGGCCCGGCGGCCAAAAAGUAAACAAAACCCUGUCAAAGGCCACAGUCUCGCUCGAAGCCUUCCAAUGGCUCAACCCGAGGAUCUGUUCGUGGAUACCCGUCCCGAUCAUUCGUCAGAUUGCGGCCACAAAAUUCAGAUACCUGACAAAAAUGGGCGGGCUUCAUAUUCAAAGUGACACAUCAAGGAGCCGAGAGGUGAACACCGACGAAUGCUUCCGUAAACUAUUAAAGGAAAUCAAGCUGGUUGUAUAUUUCGAGGAGGACGCGUCGGAGGAAGAUAAGAAAAAGUGGCAGAAACUCGCGGCCCUGCUGAAAGAAUAUAGGCUACAGGAUAAAAAAAGGAAAAGCGACAAGAAGAAAGCCAGGAGUAAGAAGUUUGAUAUAUAAUUCCUGAGAGCUGCAC